AUACUUUUAUGUUUUCAAUUUUUAAGUUUUACUCCAAAAGCUCUGCUUAUUUUAUUUUCCACAGAAAUUAUGUUUCAUUCCAUUAUACACCAAAGAAAAUGCUAAUAAUAUAUUUACACAUUAUUUUUAUUAUUAUAUAAGUUUAUAUGAUUUCUAUUGAAAAAUAUAUCUCCCAUUUUCAUUAAUAAUUUUCUCAUAAAUGUUAAUUUAAUAAUAAAAACACGUCACAAAAUUAUUAGAAUUUCCAUCUUUACAAAAAAGGAUAUGAAAAAAGAUUGUGUAAACACGUACGCAAACUUGCAAUACCUGCUUUUGUCGUGUCUUAGUCAUGCACACACACAACCCAGAAACAAAAAAUUGGACCAAGAUCAGAUCAGAUCUACCUAGAAGAAUAUUCUAGAGAAUCUUACCAUGACAGGAUUAUUAUUAAAAAAGAAGAAAAAAACCCAACCAAAAACAAAAAUAUACACAUAAAUAGAAAAAGUUAAAGGAAUACGAGAAAAGAAGGAAAGGUGUCAGCACAAAAUGGAAACACGUGUCAGUUAAAUACAACAUGUUGUGGUUCCAUAACAGAAACAAAUGUCACAUGUUGAGUCACUACUCACUAGUGCCCUUUCACCUCCAAAUCUUAGUAAUAGGGAAACACAGAUCAGAGAAGCAUAACAGCACUUGCUUUUCCUUAAAAAGCCCGAAAUUUCUCUGCAAUAAAUCCUGAGUUAAAACUCCUCGUCUCAAACAAACACUCUCUCUCUUCCUUAACAAUUACGAAAGAUAAAGUAAAGUAAAAAUGGUAUCUUCAGAAGGUGGUGGCAAAUUGAUCAAAAGGGUGUUGGGUUUGGGGUAUUGGGUGCAAGGAUUCAGGUGUUUUCCAUGGUUGGCAGUGAGUUUCUUCCUCAAGGAUGGUCUAAAUGUGGACCCUUCCACUCUUCAGCUUCUUCAGAAUUCUGCAAACCUUCCAAUGGUUGGAAAACCCCUCUAUGGUCUCGUCUCAGACUCCGUCUACAUUUCUGGUCAGCACCGAGUUCCCUACAUCGCCUUUGGAGCUUUCUUGCAGGCACUGUCAUGGCUAAUUAUAGCGAUCACUCCGUCAAACAUGUCUAUUUUCACCAUUUCCAUAUACCUCCUUCUCAGUAAUCUAGGUGCUGCAAUAGCUGAGGUUGCAAAUGAUGCCAUUGUUGCAGAGAUGAGUAAACAGCCUCCUUCCUCAACAAAGCAUGCCCAACCAUCUUCCUCGGGUAGCCUACAAUCGUUUGUUUGGAUAGCUUCCUCUGCAGGAGGAGUUCUUGGAAACUUUCUCGGCGGCAUUCUUAUUGGCCGUUUCUCCCCAGAAUCUAUGUUUUUACUUUUUGGCCUUCUCCUCACUCUCCAAUUUUUUAUAACCAUGUCGGUUCGUGAGAGUUCUCUUGGGCUCCCAAAGAGUCCAUCUGUUGGGAUAAGGAAACAGCUUUCAGAGCUAUUGAUUGCUCUAAGAAAGCCUGAAAUUGCAUAUUCAAUAUCAUGGUUUACUGCAUCUUAUGCCAUUAUUCCCGCUCUUACAGGCACCAUGUUCUUUUACCAAACACAGUAUCUGAAAAUUGACUCAUCAGUAUUGGGUAUCUCCAAGGUGUUUGGCCAGGCAACAAUGCUCCUAUGGGGCAUCAUAUAUAAUCAACACCUGAAAUCUGUUCCACCAAGAAAACUGAUAUCAGCCAUUCAAGCUAUGAUGGCAUUCUUCAUGAUUUCAGAUUUCUUGUUUGUGCGAGGAUUUUAUCGACAAAUGGGCAUGCCAGACUCACUCUAUGUUGUGAUUUUCUCAGGAUUCUUAGAGGUUCUCUUUUUCUUUAAGAUUCUACCAUUCAGUGUUUUAAUAGCACAGCUUUGUCCACCAGGAUGUGAGGGUUCUAUAAUGGCAUUUCUUAUGUCUGCUGUGGCCUUGGCAUUCAUUGUGAGUGGAUACCUUGGUGUUGCACUUGCAUCAUACAUCAAUAUAACAGGAAGUGAUUUUUCAGGGCUUCCACUUGGUCUUCUCAUACAAGCUGCAUGCACUGUGGUGCCAAUUUUUUGGUCAUCAUGCAUACCUGAUCAUGUAAAAUCAAAAGCCAAGCGGAAAGACUGAAAUUUAUAUUAGCUUUUAUAUUUAGAGAAUAUAAUAAUACGAUUCAAUGAAAUAGUGGUAUGAUGCUGAAGUGGUUGAUUUUGUUCAUUUCACUGCAUUCAUGCAUCAUCUAGCAGAUACAAGUUGGUUUAUUAAUUUUUUAAUGUAAAAUUGAAAGGGUGUAAAGGCAUAGUAUGACCAUGUGAUGAUCAUGUUGGUUCAAGUAGUACCUUUGUUUUGGGUUGAAUAUCAAGUGGAUAGGCUCUUCCUUUUAUU